AUGGGGUUGCAAGUUUUAGGAGAUACAAAAACUGCCCAUCAACUGCUUUGUUUUACCACUUAAAGUUGUUUUCAAACCUUUUGAUAGAGGAAAAGAAAGAAAUCUUUUGGAAAUGAAUUUUGAGGGUUGGGACACCAUUGAGCUACUGGAAGAGCCCAAAGAAUUUAAUAUUAAAUUGUCUGCCCUCAAGCUUGCUAUGCAAUUUCAUGGUUGGCUAUCCUUUUUUAUCCUUUUAUAUUACAAAAUGCCUUUGGGGCCUGAUAAGAAGGCAUAUUAUGAGUAUACUAGCUUGUGGCAUAUCUAUGGAAUUUUAUCAAUGAAUGCCUGGUUCGGGAGUGCUGUUUUUCACAGUCGAGAUGUGGAGUUGACAAAGAAGCUAGAUUUUUCAUCUAUUGUGACCUUUCUUGGGCUUAGCUUGAUUGUAGCAUUACUGCGAGCUUUUAAUGUGAGGGAUGAAGCUACAAGGGUCAUGGUCGCUGCUUUGCUACUCACAUUUGUGAUAACAUAUAUCUUGUAUCUUAACUUCUACAAACUUGAUUAUGGUUUGAAUAUGAAAGUGUGUGUAGCCAUGGGUGUUGUCCAAAUUCUUGUAUGGUCAAUCUGGGCUGGUGUCACUUGCCACCCAUACCGCUGGAAAUUAUGGUUAAUUGUGUUGGGUGUUUGGUCAUGGUUUGGUGUUUUCAUCAAUGUUUUGAAUACCGAUAAAAAUGUUGGGUCCUUCUUGCAAGGAAGGGUCUUUAUAAUGGCUACUCAUGGGCCCUUUGACAAAAGAAGUGGAAAAAGACUUGAGAAAAUCGGUGAAGAGGCUUGGGUCUACACAUUGGGCAAUGCUAAGAUUACAAUAAAGCCCCAGAAAAUGGGUGGAACGUGCAUGAUUUGUGGUUGUGUUUCCAAGAAGAAUUUGGGGCAUGCGGCAACACCCAUUGAUGAUGUUAUUAUUAUGAAACAUGAGGUGGUUGUUGGUAUAAAGAAAAUUCUCGUCUUUUAUCCAGGUGGUGGAACAAUGGUGGGCAAGGAUACCGCACCUUGUGGACAAGGUGCUUCUAUGGGGGAUGGUUUGUCACAGUCCAUGAAUAGAAUAUAUAUGGGCCAGGGGCCUUGGGCCAGUUUAUCUUCAUUUACAUCUUCAUUUACUUUAAUGCUACAUGUUAUUUGGACUACAAUAGAGUUAGUGGGCCUUGGACCUUAG